AUGUUUUACUCUCACCAACUUCUUGCUCGAAAGGCUCCACUCGGCCAAAUAUGGAUGGCCGCCACUAUGCACGCGAAGAUGAACAGGAAAAAGCUAGACAAGCUCAAUAUCAUCAAGAUCUGCGAAGAGAUUCUGAACCCAUCGAUUCCCAUGGCUCUUAGACUUUCUGGAAUUCUCAUGGGAGGAGUAGUGAUUGUCUAUGAGAGAAAAGUGAAGCUACUUUAUGAUGACGUUACCCGUUUUCUGGUUGAGAUAAACGAAGCCUGGAAGGUCAAGAGUGUUCCAGAUCCUACACUGCUCCCCAAAGGAAAAUCUAAAGCAAAGAAAGAGGCUGUUACUCUGCCAGAGAACUGCGAGCUAAAUGCGGCUGAUAUUGAACAGUCCCUUAAGUUUCCCAACACAGCCACAGCAACGGGAUUCCAAGAUGGCGCCUAUUUUACCAUGCGACUUGAUAAUGUGGAUGAAUCUUUCGUUAGUAAUGGAGCAAGAGGGGAGACAGAUCCAUCAGACUUUCUCCAUCAAGCUGAUCCAGAGAACAUUACCUUAUUUGAACGUUUUGAGUCAUUCAAAGCUAGUGCGGAUCCUUACAAUCACUUUGAGAGGUUUGAUAUCGAAGGAGACGAGGAAACGCACGUAAACAUAACUUCUGGAUAUUACAAUCAAGUGCUUUCCACCCUUAUACCCUCACCACGCCAGCAUGAUACCGAGAGAGGUAGUAUAAUUGUUUAAGUACAACAAUCAGCAUGAAUAUUAGAAAAAAAAAAAUCGACCAACUUUAGAAAUGCAAUGCAACAGGAACAUAGAAGGCGGAGGCCAAAUAAGAGAAAAAGAAAACAAUCAGCGACAACCUUAAUGGAUUAUGAGCAAACCAUUAUUCCUGUUCACAUAUACCAACAUUGGCUUCAAAAUGCUUCUGAUAUUGUCUCCAGAAGGGGAAGAAAUAAAAAGCGAACUAAUAUCAUAUCUUCAAUAAAGAUAUCAAGCCUCAUGAAGCUGCCACCCGUUGUGCUAAUUGGUGAUUUAUUUACCAGUGAAAAUAACGAUAUAUAUUAUCCAGCACCUAUUCUGAAUUUAUGGAUGAAGAGCACUCAACCACCCCAUGAUUCGCAUUCAGGUCAACCUUUUGAAGAUUAUGACAGUAGGCUAGAUCACCAGGCAACUCCAAUAGAAAAGCAGCGGAACAAUAUCCUCAUGGAUGAACAGAUGGCUAACUUUUUGAGAGGACCUGAAGCUACUCCACGGGUCUCAUUAGUGAAAGCUAGAGACAGUGUGCAUUCAUCUCCAAGACCAGCAUCUGAGCAUGAUCCCGCCUCACAUUCAGACUUUGAUUCAGGAAGAUUCAAAAAGAAAAGGUAUUCAUCAUCCGGAAAUAGCAGUGGAGGCCUUGAACCGGUAGUUGAGAACGUAAAUUUCAACUUGUCUAGACUGUCCGAAGAUGAUCCCGCACCUGAUCAAGAACUACUAGUGGAAACAGGACCCACGCAAACACAAGUAAACAUCAAUCAUCCUAGUGACAAGAUAACCGGCUCCAUCCAAGCGCAGAUGAAGGCACAUUUCGACAUGCCUGGAGCUCCUCCAGUUGAAUCUCUUGAUAUCUUAGCUGCUGGAAUGACCCGACACUCAGCAGCACAACUUUUUUAUCAAAUUUGUGUUCUUGCUUCCCGCGAUGUCUUGAAAGUUGAGCAAAAGGUGUCUUAUGGGGAGAUUCUCUUCUCUAAAGGAUCAAAAAUGUGAUGAAGGUUCGGUUCCCCCC